UACUUGACCAACGAGUUGUUUUGCCAGUUUUAUUGCUUAUUGGCUGUUAGCUACAAAUGUCACAAAGGAAUUCUGGGAUAUGUAGUAAAUUUGAAGCAAGAGACUCGAAUAAAACUAUCUAGAAGACUACAUAUCCCAAAAGCUGCUUGCGACUGAGAGGGAAGAGUGCCAUAGCGGUAUCAUGUGACAUACAGAGGGCCAAUCUGUGCUUAAGGAUGGGCUGAAUGUUUCAGGAAAUCAGCAGACUGUUCACCUAUUUUACUUUGCCAGAUAAGACCACUACAGGUUGGGGGUGCUCUUUUACUGUGGAAAGCAGGGGCAGUGAUUCAGCAACUUAUGAAUAGAGAGAAUCUCUCUCUCAAGAACAAGGCAACUGAAUCGUAUUGAUGGGCCUUUAAAUAAAGGUGUCUGAGAACACAUGUAUCAAGAAACCGGUACCUGAAAAGAUUGUGGAUCAAGCCGACAAGAUCAUUUAUCUUACUAGAAAGGGCUUAAAUAUAAACAUGGACACUUUAGAUGGACGCAAGAAGUUACCAGCGAAUGAGAGUAUGGUAGACAACCAACACAAUUCAUUGGGGGACAACUCAAAUGUCUUUAAACAAGAGGAAACACCUUGUAAAAUUGGUCUGGUUGAUCAAUCAACACAGAAAAACAAAGACGAUCAUUGUAAAGAUAUUUGGGAUGAAGCGAAGAAUUCACAAGAUAAAAUCAGUAGUAAUAUCGACAACCCUAAAAAAACUUAUAACAACAGGGUCCAUGUAUGCUACGAUUGUGGCAAAGCUUUUACUCGAAGUUCAUCUCUGGUGGUACACAAGAGGACCCACACAGGGGAGAAACCAUAUGAAUGUAGCACAUGUGGGAGGAACUUUACUUCAACCUCUGAUCUUACGAGACAUCAGAUAACACACACAGGAGAAAGACCUUAUGUGUGUGGUGAAUGUGGGAAAAGUUAUAGUCACUCAUCCAGUCUUGUUAUUCACUACAGAAUACAUACUGGAGAAAGGCCAUUUGCUUGUGAUGAGUGUGGAAAGCGUUUUGCCUGCAGAUCAACUCUAAAUGCUCAUCAGAGAAGACACAUAGACGAGGUGACAGAUAGGCUAAUCAAUUUAAAGGGCAGAAAGUUUCGAUCUAAGAAUGUAUUUACAAAGAACCAUGAAAGUUGUGAUGCACCAGGAGACACGGUGGCAAAUCCUGAAGAGAGGAAAAAGAUCCAUAGAUCAUUUGGUAUCUUAAAGCAUAAUUCAUCAUUAGAUUCUACCACUCCAUGCUUAGAAGAUGAUAACUUUAUCAAGCAAGGAAAUUCUUUAGAAAAAUCUUCGUGUGGCAUUCUUAAAAUAAGCCAUUCUGAAAACUGCAAUCAGGGACAUCCUGCUAAACAGCACACAGAAAUACCGAAAAACACUGAACCUCCAAGAAGAAUAUAUUUCCGCAGGCACCAGAAGAAGGAGUUUGUACGUAAGGUCCAUGUCUGUGAUGAUUGUGGGAAACGGUUUACUAGGAGUUCCUCUCUGGUAAUACACAAGAGGACCCAUACAGGGGAGAAACCUUAUGAGUGUAGUAUAUGCAAAAAGAACUUUCCUUCCACCUCUGAUCUUUCACGGCACCAGACAACACAUACUGGAGAGAGACCAUAUGUAUGUAGCCAGUGUGGGAAGAGAUAUACUCAUGCUUCUAGCCUAGUUAUUCAUCAGAGAGUACACACUGGAGAAAGACCAUUUUCCUGCAAUCAGUGUGACAAGAGUUUUACAAGCAGAUCAAGUCUAGUUACUCACUACAAACGACAUACUGGAGAAAUGACUCUCCUAUGCAAUGUUUGCGGAAAAGGUUUUCUUACCAAAUUUCAUUUUGCUUUGCACCAGAGAACCCAUACUGGAGAAAGGCCAUUUUCAUGUAGCCAGUGUGGGAAACGAUUUUCUUCCCGUGGAGCGCUAGGUCGUCAUGAGGUUAUCCACACAGGAGAGAGGCCAUACAUUUGCAAAACAUGCGGAAAGAGUUAUACACGUGGUUCCCUGCUCAGCAGACAUGAGAGAAUUCAUAUGGAAGAGAGGUCCUUUGUCAAAAUUGAACCUGACUCUCACAUAGAGAGCACAAAUUCUACAAGUUAAAUUAAGAUAUUUAUUGCCAAUUAUAUAUUUAUAUUCAUAAUCAGAAAUCAGAGCAAUGAUAUUUUGCCCAGAAAAAGUCUUAACAUGUGCUCCAUUUACCUCUCCAAUUGCACAACAUGCCCAGACCAGGCCAGUAAAGAUAAAAACAGAUGCACCUUGGAGGCCAAAUCACAGAUCUGUAUGUUUUUUAAAUGCAUAAAAUGCAAGAGUUUUUUUUUCAUCUCCAGAACUAUCCUCCAUUUGGGUACAGAGACCAAUUAUCCACAAUUGCUUCAUAUUUUGUCUCUUUGGACCCAGAAAUAGAACUAGAAUAACCCAAAGGAUGUACAGAAAAAACAGAUAUCCCCCACAUCACCUACACCUACACCAUGUCUAAGGUUGCUUUGGUUUGUCCCAGUACAUUGUUGAUGAUUGGUUGGUAGUAAUUGCUGCACUGAAGCGAAUUACCUAUGCCAUGCACACCAUGCACUUAGGUUUUAUGAAGUAGCUUGUUUUGUUUCUUCAUAUGUUUAUAUCUACCAAUUGCACUUUGUAUAUUAAGACAGUUUCGAUAUUGCUUUACAAUUGCAAUCAAUAUGAUUUAUUUCAAAUGUCUUUUCUCUAGAUUAAGGCAGCGUAUUAAUAAAAAUCUUUUAAAGUA